AUGAGUGAGUCGAGUGUUGCGGUACCUGCUCCGGCUUCAGAGACACUGAAUGGCGAUUCUCGAGGGAUCCCAUCGAAACCCUGGGCGUCGCUGUUUGGGAUCUCUGAGGCCAAUCGCCUUACAUAUAUUCCGCCAGAGGUUGUCAAUGGAGGAUUAAGGAUGCCUAAAGUUGUUCGUGAGGCAGGCGCAGCUCGCUGGAAGCACGGCCUUGUGGGUCAAUUUCUUCAGGAUCCGCCUCCAUUGUAUGUUCUGCGUCUUAGGGUCAAUAAACUUUGGGGGCGGGACGUUCUGGUGACGGUUUGGUUGCUCUAUGAUAAGAUGUUGCUCAUUCAAUUGCCUAACCAGAAGGUUUGUGAGUGGAUUCUUGAGAAUGGUCCAUGGUUUUGGUUCAACAACUUGCUUUAUCUUUGA